AUCAUCUUGCUAAGAUAUGUGCUUCAGCUGUCAGAGAAUCUUUAGCCAAUGUUUUCGGGAACACAUUUGAUUGUUUUAUCCGGAACUUUGAAAAAUCAUUUGGGAGUACCUUGAGGACUCUAAAAUCGAUCAAGGAAUCAUCUACAAAUAACAGGGGAUGUCUCUCGAGCCACCAAAACAUGGAAGGGUCUUCUUUACAUGUGACUCAUGAUGAACAAGAUGGUGCAAGCAGCUCUGAUAUAGAAGAUUGUCACUCAAAAGCAAUGUCCCACACUGAUGCAACCCAGGGUCAAUUAAAUUAUAGAGAUGAAUUAAAUCGGAGUAUGUUAACAAGUUCUAUUAACCUGGAGCUUGCCCUGCAUGGGCAAACAAACCAGUUGACUUGUAUUCCUCCAAGAACAUCUGAAUCUGGAGCUAACCAGUCCAUGCUUAGAACUAUUGGGAAGUCUGUCAUAGAGCAAGCCCGUGCUAAUGACCUCAAAACAUUGGAGCUUAAUCUUACAAUGCAGAGACUAAAAUUGAAAGAGACACAGCUAGCUCUCAACUAUGAUUCAAAUCAACUGCAGAGGUCAAAAAUUUCGAUGGACGUGUCAAAAGCAUCCUUCAAAGCUGAAAAGUUGAAGAGUCAAUUAGAAGAUACAAGACAUGCUGAGCUGCUUAAAAAGUGCAUUGACUGUCUAGUUGCUGGUUUGCUUGUCAUGAUCGCAUCCCUGAUAUAUGGUGCUUAUGUGUAUUCGUACAAAAGACUUACUGAAGCUACUGCAUCCUGCACACCUUCAACAAAG